GCAGGGCCAGGGCCGGUGGAGGGGAGGCGGCCGGGACUCCCCGGUCUGGCUGAUGCUGGCGCUGCCCCGCGCAGCACCGGGCUCCGGCAGGCUGGUAGCGGCGGUCGGGGCUCAGGAGGGGCCCCCCGGGCUCCCUUCCUCUUCCCUCCCUCCGCGGCGGGCGGCGCUGGAGGAUUUUCUCCCGCCGCGGCCCCCUCGCUGUCCCCCAGACAUGGUAGGUCACCUCCAGCUGCAAGGGAUGGACGAGAGCCUGAAGGAGAAGAGCCGGGAAGGCUUGCUGGACAGCCCGGACUCGGGGCUGCCCCCCAGCCCCAGCCCCCCCUUCUACUCCCUGUCGCCCGGUGAGGGCCGAGCAGGGGGCAGCGGCGGUGCGGAGCCCCCGGCCCCGGGCCACCGGCGAGAGGCCAAGGACGGCAAAGUGAUGCCUUACCUGCUCCUGAACCCGUCCAUGCCAGAGAUAAGGCCUCGAAUGUACCCUGUGUUUUUUGGAGAAAGCAUUGAGGUCAACCCUGAGCCCAUGCAGGAAAUCAGGUGCAAUUCCGAGGUGAAGUACGACUCAGAGAAGCACUAUCGGGAUGACAUCUUCUACGGCCCCAUCCCCACCGUCACCACCUACAGCGAGACCAUCAUCGCUGCUCCCAAUUGCACCUGGCGGAACUACAAGUCCCAGCUGACCUUCGAGCCCCGCCAGAAGCCGGUGAGGUUUCAGAGCACGACCAUCAUUUUUCCUAAGCGUGCCAAGAACAUUUACCGGACCACCCUCAACUACAGCUUGGGUUGUGCCAAGCGCUGGUUUGCUUCCAGCGUGCAGCUGGAACUCUGCGAGGAAACCAACCCGUGCGGCUUGAUGGCGACUGAAUAUUCAUGGCUGGAGAAAGCAACGCCCUUGUCUCGGGCGAGGCUGAACUGGCUGGGAGGAGGUUUGCAGGGCACAGGAUGGUUUUGAUCAGUAAGAGGCUGGCUUGUAUUUUGCGACGUUCCUGACAUUCAUGAUCUGGAUUUUAUUUUUGGGGUUUUUUUUCCCCCGAGCAUAUCUAUUUUUGGCUUGUGUUUAGAUGAAAUCAAGAUGACAAAGGACCCUGUUACCCAUAGCAGAGUGAUGCCUUAUGAGCUCUGUAGGUCUCGUCUAGCACAUAGGUGAGAGUCACUGUAAGCUUCAGAGCUAUUUUGGUCUCUGCAAAGGGAAGACCAACUGCAGAGUCAGCGUCUGGUCGGCCCAGCACACACCAGGCCAGAUCUCUUUUAGAGCUGAAAUGCAGAGGAGGUGGUUAUUUGUAUCAGUACAUCACAGCUUGCUCCAACAGCUCAUCUGAGUGAGAGCUGCCGUAUUACAGCACCGCAGCCACCCCACUUGCUGAGAGGAGUGGAGACUGUCACCCCAAGAAAAAGAGGAUUUAAACAGGUCCCCCAGCUCUUGCUAGCAGCUGGAUGUUUGUAUACCAUAGGAAGACACAGCACAACCAGGAGAUGGGAGAAGGGCCUGCCCUCAUGCACAGACACAUCUUCUGUGAGGCCAGCCAGGAGUAAGUGGGGGAGAUUGAGGAAAAUGAGCAGCUGAAGGGCCGGUUUCUAAAAGUGACCGAGUGAUUUAGGAGCCCAGUGCCCUUUUAUCAAAAGUAUUGUCAGAUCAAGUGUGCCAUGCUGUUCACUGCCUCUAGCACCCAAUUUAAGGGAUCUGUAUGCUCUUGCACACCUUCUGAGUUUCAGGGUGUGGCUGUAUUGCAGAGAGGAGUGUAGGGCAGGAAGAUGCUCCCUGGCUUCAAAGAAACCAGGGCAGGGUUAACUCACCCUCCCAAUAGUUUCCAUAUUUGUGGAAAUAUGGGCAGCUUUGCUUCCUGUGGAGGAGCAGCCAAACUUCCUCAGUGUAGAGCUUGAAGGAUUGAAGAGCCCAAAUCCAUCCAGGUUUUCCUUAAUCAGCCAGGCUGUAGCACUAAAAACAGGUACUUUGCAAACAGCUGAGCUGUCUCUGCAAAAGGACCAAGAAACAGUGAGCAGGAGUCAGUGCAGGCACCCUAAGGUAAACCAUCCCCCCCUCAUGAAUCCCAUCUCCUGGUAUAUCUUCACUUUGGUAUCUUGCUGAAAGUCUGCAAGAGCCUGGAUUCCCACAAACAUAUAACUUUUGAAAAUAGCACGGAAUUGUCUCCAAAAAUCUUACCAAGAAUUCUUGCAUGCUGCUCAGACUUAGAAAUAACCACACAGCUCCGGAAAUUAAUUUCCAGCUUUCUCUCUUCUAAACUUUCCAUUUUGUUCCUGACUUGCUGUGAGUCUGAUGGAGUUAUUUCAGAACACAGCUGAGCAGCCAAGUCAGAAAGCCUAUUAACAGUGUCAACAAGACGUAGCUGAUUGCCCAGAACAGUUGACGCACAAACCCACAGAGAUUAAAAAAAAAAAUUCUGAAAAACUUGAAAAAAUAAUAAAAUUAGUGACAUGUAGAGAUACUUUUUCCAUCAGUUUCGAAAAGCAGUUGGUAAAUGUGACCAGAACUGUGACCUUUAUGAAACAGAGUUCUCUUGUUUAAAAUGUAGCACAGUUUUUCCACCAGAGGUAAAUAUAAAGUCUUUAAAUACAAACUUAAAUCCUGACAGCUGAAGCAUCAUUAGUGUUGAAAGAUGUGUGUUAUGGCAGUGCUGAACUCUGCCUCUCUACUGGGAGUUAGGACUCGGUAGGGAGAAACCUCUCAAAGGAUUUCCAAGGCUUCCACCUACUGUUGAAUUCUUUACAGCAACACAAACAAAGAUUAUAUUUGUUAUUGGUCAGAUUCUGCUGUCACUGUCUGUCAGCAUCAAAGCCUGGAAAAGCAGCAUCUGCCUCCAAAGGGAUUAUUAUGCCUGAAGCAACCCUUCUCCCCAGGGCUCCAGCAAACAGGAGUGCUGUGGAGCUGGCUCAGGCAGCAGGGAGUUGGCGCUUGGAUGAACGUGGUCCCAGUGCAGUGAGCUCGGUGAUGCGCUUAUUGCUAGUUCAUCUUGAGGUCUGUCCUGGUGGCCAUGUGCUGCUGAGCGAGCCUUGGGAGCAGGGGAAAUGCCCCUCUGCCUUCCUGGGGACGCGUGAAGGCUCUGGAGGGCUCAUUCCACACAUCCCUGAGAGUCUGUGCAAAGGGGCAGGUUUCCAAGCUGACAGCAGUGUAAUCCAGGUCCAAAAGCAAGGCCGGUGCUCACACCCAGGAGAUCCCUGCACGAUGACAGAUUGGACUGCAGGCACCUCCACUGAGCAAGCACGGAGACAGGCUGACCUCAGAGCCAAGGGGAUGCCAGACUCUCCCUGUUGUGACCACACAUCAGGCUUUGCUCCUUUUAACAGCUGGAUUAUUCCCCUGCUUCGAGCACAAAGCUGCAGUUCUUGAUCAUUCUGGUCUUUGAGUGGGACAGGUUUUCCCCAGAAAAAUCCCUUUCAUCGUGACUGGCUGCAGGCUUCUGCCCACUCUGUCCACUGUUAGUUCUGUUUCCUAAAUAUCAGCUGCAACAUUAAAAAAGAAUUCAAGGCAAGCCAAAAAAACCUAGUGUGCAAAUACAAAUCCAGCAGAGAGACUGAACCUCAACCUGGACUUUUUCACUACACAGGGACAGGGGCUGCUGAGGCAAAGUCUCACAGGUGGAUGUGGCUCCCGGGAGAGUGCAGUGGAGGGCUGCAUCCUUGGCACUGGAGGGUCCCACACGCCCAGCCCAGGCCUCUUUGAAGCUUCAUGCUUUGUUUUCUCUGCAAAUACACUAGAAGUGACCUAACAUGCUCCUGCUCCUUUGAGUUUAAGCAGCUUUUCUGGUCUUGCCAUGUUAGGGAAAAAAUAAGAGAGAAAGCAGCUUGGGUUUCUAGGCCGCUGAACACAUUUUGAGCUGUGUAGCCACGGUGGCUAUGGUGGGACUAUCACCCUGGACCACAUCCAGACUGGGACAUUGCCAAGUGCCUGAGAUCUGGAGAAAUUUUUGAAAAAUCCCUUCUUACAUGGUGUCUCCCAUGGGCCCAUCACGAGCUGCUUUUCUUCUCAGCAAAAGCUGGUGUUGGAAAGGGACUUUGUUUUUCCUGAGGUCAAGGAAACCACAGAGAGUCCUUGUCUGGGCACAGAUCCCAACCUGCCUGCCCACCCUCUGCCCCUGCUGCUCCCAUCCCUGUGGGCUGGGUUAGGCAGUGGUAGAAGAGCCAAAGUUCAUCUUACUCAUGACUGGGAGAAGUGAUGACUUUUUUUGUUUUGCUUGAACACCAGAAACUGAAUUGUGUUUUUGUGUUGCCAAUCACUCUGGGCAGCCAAGAAGUGCCUUUUGCCAUACCUGUAGUGUGUUUGUACAUCUGAAGGGAAUGAAUGGUCCCACUAGGGAGCUGCUUUUCUUUUAAAUGGAGUGUUACUGAUCUCAACCAACAGAUCUUUGUUCUGUAUAUUUUCUCAAAGAUACAAACCAUAAAUUUAGACCAUGGAAAGGUGACUUUCCUUGAACAGCUGGGACUGUGGCUACACUCUUUCUCCCCAGGAUCCUGACGUGCAUGUUGCACAGCCCUGCAAGCCUGAUGGGUAAAGGCAGACACUGCCUUUAUCUUUUUUUUGACAGGGGGAAGAUUGGUUUUUUUCAAUAUGGAAAGUCCCUAUUCAAAGGUGGGGGGUCUCUCUCCCCUUCAUCCCUAUGAUUCUUUUGCCCCAGAAUGCAACAGAGCAUGUUUGUGUCUGGUCUGCCUGCAUUGCUGUCAUUGCAUUUGGGUCCAAAAAGAUGAAACCCUAACCAAAUACUGAACUUUCAGAAGCUGUGGAAUAUGUUGCACAAACCACAGGGAAACUUUGACCAAAAGUUUACUGCUUGUCUUUAUUUUUUUGCCUUUUUCUUUUUUUUUUUCCUUCCUAAGCCAGCUCUACUUUUCUUAAUGUGAAAUACAGACAGAUUUGCACCCUGGGUGCACACCUUCUGGGACUGAUGAAAUGGUGUUUGGGUGUUGAUAGCAGUGUUUGAGUGAGCUGCUGGUCAGAGAAGUGAAUGCUAUUUACUAUUUAUGUUGAGUGUGUCUUAAAAAAAAUGGGAAAGGUCACCAGAAGGCUAAUGAGCAAAAGACUUUGUAGAGCAAACUGAAGACUAAAGACUGCGUGAAUCUGAGCUAGAGGUGAAUGGUUCUGUGUGUGAACACUGUGAGCUAGGAUAUUUAGCCAUUGUAGUUUUAACCUGCCUCUUUUCCUGUAGGAAGAGGCAUCUUUGCCUUUCCUAGAGCUGAAACAAAAUCAGAUCCAUCCUUUGUCACAGUCAUUGAGUCCCGCUGAAGUCUGUGAGCAUCAGCAUUCCCCAGGCUCACGAGGCACUUUCUGUGUGUAUCAAUCAAACCUGCACAGAGCUGUGCCUCUGUGGGGAUGGGGGAAUGCUUUAGAGGAGAUGAUGGAUCUUCUUGUGGGAUAUUCAGAUUUCUAUUGCCAGAUAAAGUCUGUUCCCUGAGGAUCACCUGAUCGCUUGUAAGUUGAUCUGUUCUGAACACCUCCCAUAAGGCUCCAUAACCAUUGGAUUUUAUAAGUCUUGGGAGGCACUAAUUCUUUUUCAGAUACUGUAAUGGCCAUCAAAAUGAGCAAAGUAUCCUACCAUGUGAAUUGUGACCUGAGGAUGGGGUUGAAAGGUGUCUGAAGGUUAGAGAAGGAAGAAGAGAACUUACAAGUGGUGGAAAUGCAUAAGGAUGUGUCAUAUUUUUAUUUUUGUAAAAGUCUGAUUCUCUAAGUGCUUGUAAAGCACUUUACUGUUGUAUAUGUGGUGAUGCAGUAGCUCACAAUAUCCUUUUAUUUUUGUAUAUUCCUUCCUCCACCAUAAUCCCUUUCUGUUCAACUCAUAGAGAGUAAUUUAAGAAGACAAAAUUUAUAUAUCAUAAUAAAAUGCUCAAACUUU